AUGAUACUACUAGCGUUCACCGAGGCCAGGUGUAAAGUCGCCGACCACUGUCAUUUGUCGGGACGGCUGAGACAUACACUUUGCGCCCCGUGUAACCUCAAGCUUGUCACACCCAAGUUUGUGCCGUGCUUCCUACACAACCUAUCGAAAUAUGACGCACACUUUAUCGUGACCGAACUCGGUUACGAUAAGGAGUCGAUAACGGUAAUCCCCAACAGUGAGGAGAACUACAUCUCGUUCUCGAAGCACGUCUUGCCUGACUUCAGUGUGAGGUUCCUAGACUCGUGCCGGUUCAUGGCCUCGAGCCUGGCUGACUUGGCCGGGAACCUCAUCACGAAGCCCGGUGACUUUGAGAAGUUCCGUGAAACCGCCAAGGUGUUUCAGCCCACCGACAUGCCGCUCGUCACGCGAAAGGGCGUGUUUCCGUACGAGUACACCGACAAAUGGUCGAGGCUCGAGGAGACCGCCCUACCACCGACACAUGAGUUCUAUAGUGUGCUGCUCGAGAAGCAUGUGACCGACGAGGACUAUGUGCACGCGACGGAGGUGUGGCGUCAUUUCAAGUGCCCGACCCUCGGUGACUACAGUGACCUGUACCUGAAGGUGGACGUUCUCCUUCUGGCCAACGUCAUGGAGAACUUCCGCGACCUCUGCAUGUCAACGUACAACUUCGACCCCGUUUAUUACUAUACGGCGCCGGGGUUUACGUUCGACGCGAUGUUGAGGUAUACGGGCGUCUCGCUGGAGUUGUUAACUGAUUAAAACAUGGUACUCUUCACGGAACAGGGUAUCAGAGGGGGGUUGGUGCAGGCCAGUGAGCGGUACUGUCGGGCCAACAACCCAUCGUCGUGGCUCGUCUACCAGGAUUGUAACAACUUGUACGGUUACGCCAUGGGAGAGUACAUGCCCUACGGUGGGUUCAAGUGGUACAAGGGGGAUUUGAAUCGCUCUCUAGAGCUGUUGGACGGUAUGACCGACAAAUCCGAC